UCAACGGUGCUCCGGGUCUCCUCGUCGCCAUAUUGUGUCCAACCUGUGCUUGGGAGGCUCCUAGCUCCCAAGACUCCCCGCUCCUCUCCUUCGCGGCUCCAUCCCCUGACCUUACUACUCUGUGUUCUUAAAAGGAUACAGAACCCAUUUUCCUGUUUGUGGCGCGUAAUGGCUUGCUAACCUGUCCAAGAUGUGUGUUCUCGCUGUCAGGGGAGUGCAGGUCCCUCGCCUCGCCGCGGUGGUGCAUGGACACGCCGCCCGCCAUGGACAAGAAGCCCGUGCCCAGGCCGCCCCAGCUGCCUGUUAGGAGCGGCACCGAAGGCACUGUUAAAGACUAUGGAGGGAAAAAGAAUGCGGGCCAAUUUGCCCGCAAGAGGGAGGGGGACCGUCCCGACCCGGGGAGGAAGCCGGUGGGCGGGCGCGGUGGGAGGGCGGGCCAGCGCUAUGUCCGUCCCAGGGAGAAGAUGGGUGGCAAGGUAGAGCCUGGGGGAGUACAUCAGGAAUCUGGGUCACUCUACUGUGCAGGAAGCAAAAAGCAGAAUAUUACCCACCUGCUGGACUGGUGGGGCCCUGGACACAGGCCCCAGAGUGGUGGCGGAGGGAGGGGUGCUAGGGUGAGGCGCCACUCCUCCCACGUCCCCAAGUACAGCAAGGAGCAUUACCUGCAGGCCAACUGCCAGUUUGUUGUGGAUGACAGUGAGGACUACUCUAUCUACUCUGCCAAUCAAGACCUCUUGGUAGAGUGGAAGUAUGUGGAGGAGGUCCGACUGCACGUCUCAGCGGCACCCUUCUGCCCCAUCUGCCUCCACCCUCCCACUGCUGCCAAGGUAACUCGCUGUGGCCACAUAUAUUGCUUCCCAUGUGUGCUUCACUACCUGGCUCUCUCGGACAAGAAGUGGCGCAAGUGUCCCAUCUGCUAUGAACCAGUAUCAAGGGAGGAUCUUAAAAGCGUGGUUGCCAUCUGCCACAAGGAGUUUGACAUUGGGGAAGAAGUGGAGCUGCAGCUGAUGCGUCGUGAAAGAGACUCCCUUUUACCUGUGCCCGCUGCUGCCUUCUCUCAGCAAAUCAUCAGCCAAACUCCUCGCCUGAGCCACCCUACUGCUGCUACACGCUAUGCUAAGCUCCUCGUUGCAUCCAAAGAAGAGGUGAAGUCCCUCAUUGUGGCUAGAGAGCAGCAUGAGCUGGAACUGCAGCUGGUAGAAGAAGGGGACCAACCAGAAGCUUGCUUCUUGCAAGAAGCCCUUGCCCUUCUCCAGGCCCGCCAGGACUCCCUCGGUGAUAACACAACACCUGACAAUCCUUUAUUCUCUCUUGAGGAAGGAAUGGAAGCAGUGUCACUCUCCAGCCCAGAAGAGCCAUCGUCCAGUGAAAGUCUUUCGUCCUUUGAAGAGGUGCUUAGUCCUCUGUCACCAGUGGCAGGGGAAGCUGGUGCUGUGCUUGAUGAACAGCAGCCUCAGAGCCAAGAAGUGGAGCAACCUCAGUCAACCAUCACUGUACAGGAUUUGGAUAUCUCCCAGCUGCAGCCCGUCAAUGCCACCAGUCCAGGACAGGUACAGCGCAAUGCUCCCAAAGCUACCUUUUACUUCUAUCAAGCCAGCAAUGGAGCACACAUAUACCUUCAUGCCCUCAAUGUUCAGAUGCUGGUGCAGGAGUAUGGUGCCCUAGAGAACUGCCCACACACUCUUAGCGCCAAGGUGGUGGAGAAGGAGACUGUGUCCAUGACUGAGGAUUUGCGAAUGCGACUGAGGUAUCUACGACAUUUGCCAGUCACCUGUAACUUUGAUGUGGUUGAGGUGGCUCUGCGUAAUCCUGUUGUCUCCAAGGGCACCAUUUUGAUGUUCCAGGACCAAAUUGAGACAAGGAAGCGGAAGAGAAACAGACGAGCUCGUGAAGAAAGAAAGAUUGAGAAGCGUGUGCAGGCGGAGGAGGAUCGCAUGUUGGGCCGUUCCAAGGGAGCUACCAACAUCAAGAUUGAGUCCUUCAAGCAGUUUCCUUCAUUCACUGAAGAGUUUCCAGCCAGAACCACCAAUGAAGUGAAUGAAGUUGGUGUUGGUGGAAGUGAGGGUGCUGGCAGUGAGCUUGGCUCCAGCCCCAAGAAUGAGACGCUGGGCUCACCUCCUAAUACCAUCGCAACUGGCAUGUCAUUUGCAAAGAUGAUUCGUGAAGGGCAAGUCAAGGCACCCCAACCUGGCAGUGAGCCUGUGGACAUGGGCAGAGGAGCUUGGCCCACUUUAGGAGGACCUGUCUCCAAAAGUGACUGGCCAACAUCUCAAAAGAGCUCUGGUGUUGGCUCGGCUGGCCGUGGAUGGGGAGGGAGAAGUCGAGUGAGUGAGUCCUCUUGCGGGAACUGCACUGAGGAAGAGGAAGAGACCGCUGCUCCUCCAGAGUACCGACAUGCCUUCAGCAAUGCCAUGGCUAAGGCUCUUGAUGCUGCUACUGCUGCCAAGAAAUCUGCAGAACCACUAAUUACAGAAGCCGAGGAAGUCAAGGAUGGUGGGAAGCGAGGCAGAAACAAGAAGAAGCAAAAGAAAGUCCUUCUGUUCUCAUCUGGAGGCUUGAACUGAACAAGGAAUGCAAGCUGCUGGUUGGUUAGAAGAAUCAACCAGUUCAAGAUUACUUUGAGGUUAUUGCAUUAUAUUCAACCACUAAUGUUUACUUUGUUACAGUUGUCAAAGUAAUAUUGACCACUUCAUUUUGUAAUGGUAAUUACUGCAUAGUUGUUUAUGGGUUAUGUUUUGUCAGUUAUUGGGAAUCUCGUGACAAUUUAUCAGUCCUAACUUUGUUGCUGCCAUCACGUGGGUAAAUCUCUUUUUAUCCUAACACAGCUAUAUGUUGAGUUGGAAUCCUAUGGUACUUUAUUUUAUACCCCAACCCCACACUUGUGUGGAAUUGGAAUGUCAAUUUUAAGUUAUUUAUUAAAAGAAUAAAAAGCCAAAACUGCUUUUUCCUCUACUUGGAAGCAGUGUUAGUGUAUACUGCUACAUGCUUCCAGAAAAUUUAAGUUAGACGGUAUGAACUUAUAUGAAGAUGGAGUACGUAUGAAAAAAAACUUGCAGUUUUCUAAACUGUAACUAUAAAAUGUGGGUUUUAAGUUACACAGUGGCAUUGAAUAGACCAAUGUAAUAAUUUUGCUUUGGGUGGCUGCUGCUAUCCUUUUUGUUUCUGGCAGACCUGAAAUGUUAUAAAUCGUAUUGCUAAAAGAGGCUGAAACAUGAAUCAUCUGUUGCUUAUUUAGUCACAAUAAAUGGUAAAAAGUUAA